AAAAAAAAAAAAAAAAAAAAAAGAAGAAGCAGCUACGUAGUAAGACGGACGGUUGCCGACAUUUUGUUUUUGUGGAGUUGUGAUUUCAGUGGACCGGAGACAGCGGGGUGACACGGAGAGCUCACCGACUGAGGAGAGCACGGGAAGAGAGCGCGGCUCCGGGCCUGAACACCGAGAGGAAACCUCGACGGAGAGAAAGAGCGGGCCGCCCGAGCACCCGGGGGAGGAGGAGGGAGAGGCCUCCAUUUCCUGUAAGAGAACUGAGGACUCUCCUGAGAGGUCUGAUCUUAAAUCCAUUAAUGGCUACUAAUCUUGGAGAACCGCUGAAUCCUGAAUGGGUUCAGCAGUAUGGUUCCAGCAGAGAUGGUGCUUUGGAAUCACCAAUGCAUGAGAAUCCUGAGUGGGAGAAAGCAAGGCAGGCUUUAGCAAGCAUCAGCAAAGCCACCAGUUCUGCCUCUGCAGCUAAUAAAGGAUCAGAUGACGGGCAGUCAAAUGCUCAGUACUCUGCACCACAGGGAGAUGUAACAAUGCAGCAACAGUAUUACCAGUGGUACUCUCAACAGUAUAACUACCAAUAUGCUUACAACUACUAUUAUCCAAUGAAUUUGUAUAAUGGAUAUAAUUCUCCUGGUCAGUAUGGUAUGUCAGGCUCUUACCAAACACAAGCAUCUCAACAGACCCAGGCAGCUGGGCAGCACCAGGGAAACCUAACGCAGCCUCCAGUUCCUGGCCUUGAAGACAGUAUGUCUUAUUCUACAAUCCAGUCACAAGUUUCUUCCUCUGGUAACCAGCCACCUUCCCCUCAAAGUGUAAGUCAUAGUUUGUCACAAGCUGGUCCUCAAGGAGCAUCUUCAGGCAGCCAACAUUCCAACACAAAUGCCAACAGUUACACUCAGCAGCAUAACUAUGACUCUACCAAACAAAAGAAAGGACAACCGUUGUGGAACCGCAUGAAACAAGCUCCUGGAGCUGGUGGUCUUAAAUUUAACAUUCAGAAGCGUCCUAUGGUAAUGACCAAUCAGAACACUACAUCUAAUGAUCAACAUAAUAACAAUAGUGUGCAGCAGCCAGCACGUAUGCAUCACCAUAUGUUACUACAGCAAACUGAGAAGUGCCAAGAUCAAUGCAGUAAUUCUGCAAAACCAGAGGACUGGCCGCCAUCAAUGAAGGAAUAUGUUCAGCGCUGCUUUACUGCAUGUGAAUCAGAGGAAGAUAAGGAUCGGACUGAGAAACUCCUUAAAGAAGUUCUACAAGCCAGAUUGCAAGAUGGUUCAGCGUUUACUAUAGACUGGAGUAGAGAACCUUUACCAGGGAAGGAUAGUAUAAAAGAGAGUCCAAAGAAGAAGCAUUGGGAGCAAACUACUCUUCAGUCUUCCCGCGGCAGCACCAUCACUGUGACCCAGUCUUCACGGGGUGGCGGAAACGGUGGCACCUGUGCACUAAGAGGGCGUGGUAGCAGCUUCCCUACGCGGUUUGGUAACCGUAAUGUUUUCAUGAAAGAAUCCAGUUCCUCUUCAAGCACAGGUUCUAGGUCCAGAUCAAGAUCUUCCUCUCCGCACAGACGACAUUGCCGAAGUGAGUCUCAUUCAGAUUCUGACAGCAGCUCAUUGUCUGGAAGUGAAAGCCGAACAGUUAGUCGUAGAAGUCUACAGAAAGGACGUGGUCGUGGAGGACAUGCAGAACGUGGCCGUGGAAGAAAUCAGAGGGGCAAAAGAAAUGAGCAAAAUUUCAACAAACGAAACCGCAGGAAGAAUAAUCAGAUGGACUUUGAGGACCCAGAGAAGGAUUUCAAGAAGGAAAAGCGAGCAGCACGUUUUCAGCAUGGCCACAGUCCAAAGAAACUGCGUCUUGAGCCUCUUGUGCUGCAGAUCAAUCUGGAUCCUAAUGAUUCGGACAACUUGGACUGGCAUGAGCUAAAAAUAGUGGGAUCUUCCCAGGAUAUUACUAAACCUUACCUGCGUUUAACGUGCGCACCAGACCCGUCAACCGUGAGACCAGUGACGGUUUUAAGAAAAUCUAUAACAAUGGUGAAGGGGCACUUUAAAGAGAAGCUAGAUUAUGCAUUUGCUUGUGAGCAACUAAAAUCAAUUCGGCAAGAUUUAACGGUUCAAGGCAUUCGCACAGAAUUCACUGUAGAAGUGUAUGAGACCCAUGCACGGAUAGCACUCGAAAAGGGAGAUCAUGAGGAAUUCAACCAGUGUCAAGCACAGUUAAAGGCUUUGUAUGCUGAAAAUCUUGCUGGGAACAUUGGAGAGUUUACAGCCUAUCGCAUAUUGUAUUAUAUUUUCACUAAAAACUCUAGCGAUUUAACUACAGAGAUGGCGCACCUGACCAAAGAGAUGAAAGAGGACCCUUGUGUCGCCCAUGCUUUGUCUCUUAGGAAUGCUUGGGCUUUGUCAAACUAUCACCGGUUUUUCAAGCUUUAUAAAGCAGCGCCACGUAUGUCUGGGUAUCUAAUCGACAAGUUUGCAGAAAGGGAGAGGAAGGAAGCCAUUAAGACCAUGAUUAAAACUUUUCGGCCGGUGCUCCCAAUUUCCUACAUUCAGUCACAGUUGGCCUUCGAGAGUGAGGAGGAGUGCCAUAGUUUCCUGGCUUCUCUGUCUCUUGUGUAUGCAGGGAACGACACCAGCAAGAUUGAUUGCAAGCAAAGCGUAACGGUCUUGCCAAACUUCUGAGCCAGUUUUUAAAUGCAAAUCAACUUAAAUGUGUUUAACAACACAUGAUUUAAACUCACACUAUGUGUGUAUGUGAAACUAUGCUUGUAUUGGAUCUUCUUCUGAUCAGAGGGUCCAUGACUUGGUAUUUCAUUCUGAACCUGGGCUUCUCUGACUUACCUGAGAGCCAUUUCAGACCAUGGUAAUUUUCUUUGUUCAGUGUGCUAUGCUUUUGCACUCUCAACAUGGGAUUACCAUUGAUUUAAUUGGGUUCAGCCAUUAAAAACAGAGCUUCCAGAAGAGAAGUGUUAACUGCUUUGUUUCUACAAUGUGAUAUGAACGUUUUGUGGGUGCUGGAUAGAAGACGGAUCUCGGUAAUAUAUUAGUCCAUACCUGUAGAAGACCCUCUGAUCUAAUAGCCAGCCCACUUGUGGUUGACAAGGUCCACAGAAUAGUUUAACCUGGUCAGGAAAAGCACUUGUCUCAAAGAGGUUGAGAGAUUUAAGCUGGAACUCUAGCUUUUUACACUUGCGUUAAAAUGAGUGUUCUGUACAUAAGAUACUAUUUAGCUCUUUUCAAAGCCGUAUGUACAUUUUGUAUUUAAGGGUUUCUUCUGAAGUGAACAAAUUUUGUUUUCUUUUUUUUGUUUUGAUUUAUUUUUUUACGUAAUUUUUUUUUUUUUUUUUUAUAUAUAUAUAUUUUGAAUGUUUGAUAGAUUUGAUGUUGUAAAUAGACACUAACUAUGUUUCAGUUUCUUUUCUCUUUACCUCACUUGCACAAAGCCUUUGUCCACCUGCUGCACCAAAACUAUUGUGGCUCUGGGGAGAAGGCAUGAAUUACAGAAGGAAAAAGCCAACUCAAAGAUUGGGAGAAACAAAAUAAGAAUUGCAAGCUGUUCUGCCUUGGUGAAAUAGACUUUCUUAAAUGCAUAUAAAGAACUGUUUUAACAUCCAAAAAGUCUGCAAAUGAAGAAAGAAGUUCAUGCUACGCUGACAACCCUCCUGUAUCUUCAUGGAAUCCCUUCCAACUCCUGGAUCCUAAUGGCCUGUGAGAAGAUGUGCUUAUACUUGUAUUAAUUUGGCCUAUUCCUUUGUUUUUCCCUUUUCCCCCAUUUUUUUUUUUUCUUCCACUUACCUCAUUAUGUUUUGUUUUCUUACUUUUAUUUCUGUCCUAUUUUCAGCAGGUAAAUAUUGGGUAAUAUCAAAUACUAAAGCCUUCCCUCCCAACACAUUUGUUGUGUGUUUUUUUUAUUUUUUUUUUGUUUCUUUCUUUUUUUUUUUUUUUUUCCUCGAACCCUUUUAUUUUUUUAUUUUUUUUAUUUUUUGUUAUUCCCAACCUCCCUUUCAGCCCAUCUUUAUGAAAAAUACUCCCCCAACCUUAAAAUUGUAACAAUGUGGUAUUGUGCAAUAGUGAACUGAUGUUGGUCAAGCGCUCCUUUCUUUGCAGAUGGUUUUUUUUUAAUUUUCCUUUCUCCCUUAAUAAACUUAUGAGUUGCAAGUG